AUGCCAUUUCUUCGACUCCCCGCAGAACUGCUGCUGAUUAUCCUCGAGAAGUGUCCUCGCACCACGCUUUGUCAAUUACUGCGCGUCAAUAGACACAUUCACGACCUCGCUAUCCGGGAACUCUACGCAACUAUCCCCCAGUUGCCGCUCGAAACCUCGACCAGAUGUCUCACAUCCCUCUGCUUCAGCGACCUGGCGUGCCAGCUCGUUAAGGCGCUGACGAUAAACUGGGAAGAUGUAUACCUGAAAGACGAGAUACCGAACCAGGGGCUUUUCAAGGCGAUGGUGCGCUAUGGCACCCUCCCUGCAGUGCUCAACCGCCGACUCCUCAGGGACCGCUUUGCGCUUCUUCGGACCGUCCUGGGCCGUACGACCAAUCUCACGAGCUUGACCCUUAUCGUCAGCGGGCGAGACAGCCAGUCAGAUAUAUACGCCGCCGACGUCCUCUCCCUCGCCUCAUUCUCCCUCACGUAUUUCAAGACAACGUUCGUUGUCGGGCCGCACGUGAUGGCGUUCAUAGGACACCAAAAGGACCUGAAGGAGCUAUGUCUGACGUCGGAGGCGCGUAUGUUGGAGGGUGUUGCCCUGCCUGAGGGCGCGUGCCCGCGUUUGGAGAGGUUCUUGUGGACGUGGGGCGCUGGAGAUCAGCUGGAACUUGCUGUGAGGGUCAUAAAGUCCCGCCCGAUGAGGCAUGUUGGCGCGGUUCUGAGCGCACGGAAUGCGAUGGAAGGAGUUGACAUGAUCAGCCAAGCGGCGCCUCAGCUUGACUCUGCCGUAUUCACUUUGAGAGAUUUCAUGCCUAAGGACUUCCUACCUCGUGUCUCAUCCUGUCUUCCCCACUUGAUCCAUCUCAAGCUGUCAUUGGCCAGACUUCCUCCAAAGGAAACCCUGGAUGGGAUUGGGGAAUUCCUGCUUACGCCGUUCGGGCUGCGGCUGAAGUCCUUGUGUCUCCUGGUCCGCAGCCUGAGGGUAAACCUAGCCACGGAGCAGAUGGAGGACCUCAGGUAUAUCGUGACGCGCUGGGUCCGGACGUGCCACAAACACUCGCACGGAAUAGAAAUUACGCGCUCCUCACCAAGGGCUAAGGAUUACGACUACAUGCAGGCGAUAGCGAAGAGAUGUUGCAAGUGCAAGGGAAGUUUUGUCACGACGAAGAAACUCGCGGGCCCGAACAACAGGCUCGCUGUGGUAACCUUGACCAGAGGGCUAUGUGCUUCCUCGAUGGGGACCGAUGGCCGUGCAGCUCAACUCAGCUCACUCAUCUUCGACACUGAGACGACACAUCCGCACAAAAUCAAAGUACGUGCAUUGCAAUUUGGAGGGCCUGAACCGGUGGGCUCGGAAGUUGAGGCCAAUCGAGUAUAG